AUGGUUUCAAAAAUCUUGUCUGACUGGGGUAUUGAUCGGAAAUUGUUUUCAAUUACUUUAGAUAAUGCCACAGCUAAUUUCUGUUUUGUUGACUUGCUGAAGAAAAAUUUAAAUUUGAAGAAUGCUCUUUUAUGUAGAGGAUUACACUUUCAUAAUAGGUGUUGUGCACAUAUUCUCAAUCUUAUUGUACAAGAUGGACUGAAACACAUAGAUGACUCUGUGGUGUUGGUGCGAUCUAGUAUAGCCUAUGUGAAAGGAUCACAAACAAGAAAAGUAAAAUUCUUGGAAAUUUGUAAGCAAUUGGGAUUACAAAGUAGUAAGGGCUUAUGUGCUUAUGUCUCCACAAGGUGGAACUCAACCUAUCUCAUGCUUGAUUCUGUAUUAUUUUAUUGUAAAGCAUUUGAGAACCUUGGACUAGUGGAUGACAACUUUAAAACUUGUCCUAGUUCUGAACAAUGGUUGAAGAUUGAGAGAUUAACGAGUUUUUUGUAUCCCUUCUAUGCAAUUACUGUUUUGCUUUCUGGUUCCAAGUAUCCCACAGCAAAUUUAUAUUUUGAAAAUGUUUGGGAGAUUCACAAAAGUUUAUUAGAAGAGCUUUGCAAUCUGGACUUAAAUGCAUCUACAAUGUGCAACAAUGUGAGGAAUUCUUUAUAUCAAUUGUUUGAUGAGUACAAGAGUAUGCAACCAAGUGACUAUGAUGUUCCUACACUUGCCCAUCGUCCUGGGAGAUCUAGAACAAGAUUUGAAUUUAUGGUAUCUGAGCUUACUGAGAUGGAUAAUGAAAGUAAAUCUCAAUUAGAUAUAUAUCUAGAUGAACCCAAGAUCCCAUUCAAUGAUAAUGAAUAUGAUGAGUAUGAUGUGUUGGCACUUUGGAAAGCAAAUGGGUCAAGAUAUCCAGAUGUGGCUCGAAUGGCUCGUGAUGUCUUGGCUAUACCAGUUUUCACAGUUGCUUCAAAGUCGGCUUUUAGCGCAGGGGGCCGUGUUAUUGAUAAAUAUCAGAGCAAACUCCUACCUACCAAUGCUGAAGCAUUAAUAUGCCUUUUGGGAUUGGAUGUUUGA